CGGAGAAGUGAGAGUCAUAAACCCCUUAUCCUCUUUCCAUCUCCUUCCUUCUCUUAUAUCAAAAAAAUCAUUACAUACUUUACUAACUACUACUAGAGAACAAAAAGUUCACAAUAUCAAAUGUCGAUGAUUCAUCAGGGCUGUCACUGAAAAUCAUUAUCUGCCUCUCUUCAAACCCUUUAUAUUUUUAAAAAAUAAAAUCUGGAAAUGGCGGCAUCGUUAGCCUCACUGCCUACGUUUAGUUUGGUGAAUGCGUCGAGAAGGAGAAUCGAGUCUUAUGACUCCAAAAAACGCAUCGGAGUUGUUCGUUGUUGUUCCUCAGGCGACAUUCAGCAGCAGAGAGGGAGAUUAUUGAGAGAAACUGCGAUUUCAUUAGCUUUAUCGUUGGGUUUGAUAGCUGGAGGAGUAGUCCCUUCCAUUGCUUCCCCUCCCUAUGCCAAUGCCAAUGCCGCUGCUGCUGCUGCUGCUGCUGCUGCUGCUUACGCCGUAGCAAACCCAGCGAUUCCAGAGGUGUCGGUGUUGAUAUCAGGGCCUCCCAUCAAGGACCCAGGAGCUCUGUUGAGAUAUGCAUUGCCUAUCGACAACAAAGCCAUCAGAGAAGUUCAGAAGCCUCUCGAGGAUAUCACUGACAGCCUCAAGAUUUCUGGCCUCAAGGCCCUCGAUUCUGUUGAACGUAAUGUGAGGCAAGCAAAUAGAUCACUUCAGCAAGGGAAAAGCAUGAUUGUGUCUGGUUUUGCUGACUCCAAGAAGGAUCACGGUAACCAACUGAUUCAACAGUUGGAAGCUGGUAUGCAAGACAUGCUUCAGAUUGUGGAAGAUCGGAAGAGAGAUGCGGUUUCUCCUAAACAGAAAGAGAUUCUCCAAUUUGUUGGCGGAAUUGAAGAGGAUAUGGUCGAUGGCUUCCCUUAUCAAGUCCCUGAUGAGUACCGUAACAUGCCUCUUCUCAAAGGAAGAGCCACUCUCGACAUGAAAGUCAAGAUCAAGGACAACCCUAACCUCCAGGAUUGUGUCUUCCGUAUUGUCCUCGAUGGUUACAACGCCCCUGUUACCGCCGGGAACUUUGUCGACUUGGUGGAGCGCCAUUUCUACGAUGGCAUGGAGAUCCAGAGAUCUGAUGGGUUUGUGGUACAAACGGGAGAUCCAGAGGGUCCUGCGGAAGGAUUUAUAGAUCCAAGCACUGAGAAAGUGAGGACUGUUCCUCUUGAGAUUAUGGUGGCUGGCAAGAAGACUCCUUUUUACGGCUCUACCCUUGAAGAAUUGGGUCUGUACAAGGCUCAGGUUAUGCUUCCUUUCAACGCAUUUGGAACAAUGGCUAUGGCUAGAGAAGAGUUUGAGAAUGACUCGGGAUCGAGCCAAGUGUUUUGGCUGCUGAAAGAGAGUGAGCUGACCCCAAGCAAUUCCAACAUCUUGGACGGUCGUUACGCUGUCUUCGGUUACGUUACUCAGAAUGAAGAUUUUCUGGCUGAUCUUAAAGUCGGUGAUGUCAUUGAGUCCAUUCAAGUUGUCUCCGGUUUAGACAAUCUCGUCAACCCCAGUUACAAAAUCGCCGGAUAGUUGCCAAAACUUUAUCGUUAAUUUCCCUUUUUAUCUGUUCAAGUUUUUUUUAAUCUUUGUGAGAGAGAGAGAGAAAUUAUAAAUGUGUAUUUUCCGCCUAUGAAUACUAUUGUAACUUGUCUAUUUUCUUUUUUCGUUUAAGCUUCGAAUUAUUGAUAUGUUCA